UCAUUUUUAGUUCUAAAGUGCAACCUUCUGUCUUCCUGGAUCCCUUCAGCCCUGUUAAUGCUUAUCUGUGCUACCUCCCCCCCCCUCACACUACCCUCGCCCCUUCUGCAGAUACAUGCCUGCCCCUUAGUUACAGGGCUGGCAUUAUGAGCGCAUUUCAGUGUGGCUGCGCGCGUGUAUUUGCAGAGGGUUAGAUCUUGCAUCAUCAGCACUUGCCCCAGCAUUUUCAGAGCGUUUCCCAUCCGACCUUCUCCUAAUUGUGGUUAAAUCAUCCUGACGAAUGUGCAGAAAUCUGCAAUCAGCUGGAGGGUUUAAAGGGCUUUGAUCCUGGGCUGCAGAGGAAGUGCCAGGAAGGUUUGGCACAAUGACUUGCUAUACAGGGCCUUAGCAACGUGGCAAAAAUUGGCUGUUUUCAAGCUGCCUCCCCCCUCCCCCCUGCCCCCUUCGCUUCUGGGAGAUCUGAGCUGGCUUCCCCUGCCCUGGGCAUUCCUUCCCUUCUCUCACUUGCUGCGGAAGGGACAAGUCUACCAUGGCUGGGGACAGACUUCCACGCAAAGUGAUGGAUCCCAAGAAGCUUGCCAGCCUCUUGAGGAGUGGGUCCGAAAGCAUGCUGGUCAUUGACAGCCGCUCCUUUGUGGAGUACAACUCAUGGCAUGUCCUCAGCUCCGUCAACAUCUGCUGCUCCAAGCUGGUCAAGAGAAGGCUUCAGCAAGACAAAGUAUCCAUCACAGAGCUCAUCCAGCCAGCCUCCAAUAUCAAGGUAGAAGCAGAAGACCACCAAGAUGUGGUGGUCUAUGACCAGAGCACACGGGAUGCCAAUGGACUGGCGUCUGACAGUUUUCUCUCCAUCCUCCUAGGCAAGCUGGACAGCUGCUUCCACAAUGUCUCCAUCCUCACAGGGGGUUUUGCCACCUUCUCAUCUUGCUUCCCAGGACUCUGCGAAGGGAAACCUACUGCUAUCCUGCCAAUGAGCAUCUCCCAGCCAUGCAUGCCAGUGGCCAAUGUUGGCCCAACUCGCAUCUUGCCUCAUCUCUACCUAGGCUCCCAGAAAGAUGUCUUAAAUAAGGACCUGAUGACCCAGAAUGGGAUAAGCUAUGUCCUCAACGCCAGCAACUCUUGUCCCAAGCCAGAUUUCAUAUGUGACAGUCACUUCAUGCGCAUUCCAGUCAAUGACAAUUACUGUGAGAAGCUUCUGCCCUGGCUGGACAAGUCCAUUGAAUUCAUUGACAAGGCCAAGGUGUCCAGCUGCCAGGUGAUCGUUCACUGUUUGGCAGGGAUCUCCCGAUCGGCCACCAUUGCCAUUGCAUACAUCAUGAAGACCAUGGGGAUGUCUUCAGAUGAUGCCUACAGGUUUGUAAAAGACCGGCGUCCCUCCAUCUCGCCCAACUUCAACUUCCUGGGUCAGCUCCUAGAGUAUGAGAGAAGCCUGAAGCGGCUCAAGGCUCUGAAGGCCCAAGGGGAGAAGAGCGAAGGGGAAACCCAGCAAGACCAGCCAGAAGCCCCUGAAGGCUGCAGGCACCAGAUUCUGUCUACCUCAGAAAAGGCUGAGGAGCUAUUCAGAAGCACAACCUCGGAGACCUCCUCGCUUGACUCCGAGAAGCCAGCGGGAGUCUCCAAGGUUGUCUCGCCUACAGCACUGCAACAAGGGCUCCGUGGCCUCCACUUGUCUUCGGAGCGCAUCCAAGACACCAACCGGCUGAAGCGUUCCUUCUCCCUGGACAUCAAGUCAGCCUACACCCCUAGCCGGAGGCAGCAGGACCCCCCAGGUCCAACAGAGGCAGGAGAAACUCCCAAGCUGUGCAAGCUGGACAGCCCAUCAGGUCCCAACGGCACAUGCCAGUUCUCCCCUGUCCCAGACAGCCCGGACUGGCCCAGUGGGCCCGACUUCCUCCUCGAGGCCAAAGUACGGCAGAGACGGAAGCACAGGCACCAAGCCGGCUCCCCUGCCCACGGGCUGAGCCUUAACUUCAGUGGGGUGUGCGCCAUGCACAAGAGCGCCAGCGUGGAGGACAGCCUCAAGCAGACGCUUCGGGCGGGCCUCCCCGGUGUGGGGCAGCAGCCGACCGCCACCCCGGCCCCCACCGGCACUUGGGGGGUGCACUUGGAGUCCCCUGGCACCCCUUCCUCCGAGAACCCCUGGUACUUCAGCACAGACUCGGCGGCGGGCGGCAAAGGCAGCGGGGCUCUGUUUGCCGGCGCCGCCACCUACUCCUCGUUCAGCUGCAGCACAAUCCAGGCAAGCUGCGAGAUCAGGCUGAGGGACAAGCAGCGGGGCGAGCCGCGGGACGUGCGGCACAGCUGGCAUGAGGACACCGCGGCCGAGAAGCAGUUCAAGCGCAGGAGCUGCCAGAUGGAGUUCGAGGAGACCCUGUCGGAGAGCAGGUCUCGGGAAGACCUGGGAAAAAUCAGCAAACAGUCUAGCUUUUCGGGCAGCAUGGAAAUCAUUGAGGUGUCCUGACACUCACCUUGUGAGAUCUGAGAGCAAGUUCCGUGUGCACCAGUGGGUGGGUGGGGAGGGGGAAGGCUGGCGAGAUAUUUAACUAGGGAGAGGGAAGGGGGAGGGGAGGGGAUUAUUUAUAUGCCUGUGUGCGUUUCCAAAGGGCACACAUGCUGAAGCAAAGGCAAAGCUAAACGAAUCCAAAGUCAAGAAACAUAACGGUGCAUGCUUGGUGCCCUCCCCUUUAUUUUCCUACCUCCACCACCAAGGCAAAACCACACCGCAUUCCCUUUUUUGGCUGGUGGAGGGUGUAUUAACUCUUUAAAGCCUGGAUUCCUUCCUUUCGCAUGUAGUGCUCUCUCUGCCCGCCCACCCCCACAAAAAAGGCAGGGGGGAGGGGAGAGCUGAGGUGUAACUUCAAAGGUGGGGUGAAAGAGAAACAGGGGAGAUAUUAACAUUGUAAAGACUUCCACUGAUGUAAAAGCUUUUUUCCCCCUUGAAAGAAGAUUAUUGUUGUUUGAUCUGCAGGUUUGCAGUGGGGGAAGUCUAAAGGGAAGCAGGUUCUUUUCUUGUGAGAGUACAUUAGCAACUGUUGAUAUUACCCACCCGCUCCCAUUACAGGAGGAGAGCUUCCCUCCUGUUCCAUCAGGGUUGGACAUUAUCUGUGGGUGGCUCCUUCCCAGACUGGGCUACAGAAACCUGGAGGGGCUAAAUUUCAGUAGCUUCCCUAGGUGUGUGUCCCCCUUCCCAUACUGAGCAUGCUCCUCUUGUGUUUCUCUGGCUAGAAUUCUUAAAUGCUGCACUGCGGCAGCCCUAUACAUAUAUAAAUAUAUAUUAUAUAUAAUAUAAGAGAGAGAGAGAGAAACACAAAGAAAAAAGUUUAAAUGGUUUUACUACAGUUUUUAUUGAGACAAAUAAUAUUUCAACUUUUCUUUUUAAUUUAUUUGAAGCUGUUCAUUCUGGCAAUGAUUUUCAGACAAUGUAGGGGCGGUACUUAUCAGCUCUAUUUUUACUGUGUAUGGUAUUUAAAUCUGAAACACGAGUUUCAAAGCAAUA